AUGAUUGCCGAGCCCGCGACUUGUUCUCCUAUGCAGGCCAUGCGUCGUGCCUGGAAGCCGGUAUUGCCUGAAGCCCUAAGGGCACCGGUGGUGGCGGAGACGGACGAGUCGGUGAGUCCAGUGGUGAAGGACGCUGCAGUCUUAGCCGAGAAGUUCCCGAAUACGUGGGGCCAGAAGUUUGUCAAGUUGGUGAAUGCACCGAACAAAAAGACGUUUGCGGGCCACGAGCCGCUUCGUGUUGGCGUCGUGUUGUCUGGUGGCCAGGCUGCUGGCGGUCAUAAUGUGAUAGCGGGCAUUUUUGACUACGUGAAGCAAUGCCAUGCGGGUUCGAAGUUAAUUGGGUUCAAGAACGGGCCGCACGGUAUCUUCACACACAACUACGUGGAGAUCACGCCAGAGUACAUGGAUCAGUACAGAAACAUGGGGGGUUUCGACAUGAUUUGCUCGGGCCGCCACAAGAUCGAGACGGAGGAACAGAAGAAAGCGUCGAUGGAAAUCUGCGUCAACCUCGACCUCCACGGGAUUGUCAUAAUCGGAGGUGACGACUCCAACACGAACGGAGCAAUCCUGGCCGAGUAUUUCAAGGCCAAUGGCUGCAAGACACUCGUGGCUGGAGCGCCAAAGACGAUCGACGGCGACUUAAAGAAUGAGUACAUCGAGAUUUCCUUCGGCUUUGACACGGCGGUGAAAGUGUACAGCGAGUUGGUGGGCAACCUCUGUAAGGAUGCGGCGACUAACAAGGACCGCUACCACUUCGUGCGGCUGAUGGGGCGGUCGGCCACGAACAUUGGCCUGGAGGUGGCGAUCCAGACGCGUGCUAACUUGCUAUUUGUGGGCGAGGAGGUCCAGGCGGAGAAACGCUCCCUGAUGUCCAUUUGCGCGGAGGUCGCGGACAUGGUGGAGGCACGGCACAAGCUGGGCAAGGACUACGGUGUGGUGCUAUUGCCGGAGGGCCUGAUUGAGUUCAUUCCAGAAGUGGGAGCCCUCAUUUCAGAAAUCAACGAUAUUUUGGGCGACGGCUCUUCGGUCUUCGACAAGACCAAGCUAUGUCCCCAUUCCCUCGCGGUUUUCGAGGAACUGCCUGAGGCCAUCCGCGGUGAGUUGCUUCUCGAGCGCGACUCCCACGGUAACGUACAAGUCGCCAAAAUCGCCACCGAGCGACUCCUCAUCCUCAUGACCACAGCCGAACUCAAGCGCCGCGGCUUCCCCGAGCAGUGCUUCUUCCCCCACGAUCACUACUUCGGCUAUGAAGGUCGGUGCGCCAUGCCUUCCAACUUCGACAGCAACUACUGCUACGCCCUCGGCCACACGGCCGGCGCCCUCAUCGACAACGGAGUAACCGGCUACAUGGCCGUUGUCCGAGGCCUUCACAAGCCCUGCAGCGAGUGGGUGCCUGCCGGUUGUCCCGUAACCAUCAUGAUGAACGUCGAACGCCGCAAGGGCUACGACGUACCCGUCAUCAGGAAAUACCUCGUCGAACUUGACUCACCCUUCUACCAAGCCUACAAACUGGCCCGGGACGCCUGGAAGACACAGGAUUGCUACAACUAUCCCCGCGCCAUCCAGUUCGAAGGACCACUCGCAGACGUAACCAACUUCAUGAUUGAGGUGCCCGCCGCGGACUACCUCGCCGGAAGGACUGGCCUCCGCGGCGCCGACGAAGUUCACGUCGACACCGACUUCGUUAUGAAGGCCCUCGGGCAGCCUGAAGCACACCUGGGUGCAAGCGGUGACGGGUUCGCCGUUACCGGAGGCGCAGCCGCCGACGAGGCUGCGAAGGUGGGUGUGGUUUUGGUGGGUUCCCCAGCGCCAGGUGUGGCGGACGUUUUGUGUGGCGUGACGGCGCGGUUGGGCGACUGCGUGGUGUUCGAGGGGCUGGAGGAGUUGUUGCAGGGCCAAGGUAAGACGGUGGAUGCGGUGGCGGCGCAGAAGCACGCCCACGAGGGCGGUUUCGCGGUGGCUGGUACGAGUCGGCGGACGCAGCUUCCGGGGAACGAGAAGGCGGUGGCGGAGGUGGUGAAGAAAAUGGGAUUGUCGGCGUUGGUGGUGUUGGGUGACUCGACGGUGGGUCAGGCGGUGGGGGCGUUGUGCGCUGUGGUGUCGAACGUUGUGUUCGUGCCGGUUUCUGGCGCGGGUAACGUGGCAGGUGUGCGAGGGCCGGUGGGGUUCGAUACGACGGCGAAGACGUACGCGUCGUUGGUGGGUAACUUGUUGACGGACGCAGCUUCGGCUUCCAAGUACUGGUACUUCGUGAAGGUGAGGGGUGGUUCGCGUUUGGCUUUGGAGGUGGCGGCGCAGACGAACGUAAAUGGAGUGUUAUGCGCGGAGAAGCACACGAGUUUGUCGAGUGCGGUAAAGUACCUGGCGGACCUGGUAGAGAGGCGUGCAGAGGGCGGGAAGAACUUCGGUUGCGUGUUGCUGCCAGAAUCGUGUCUCUGCCGAAUUCCGGAACUAGCGGAAAUGAAGAAGACAAAGAUUGUUCCGGCGGAACUUGCUCCCGCAGCCGUUGUGGAGAGCUUCCGUGCCGCCCUUAACAAGACCACUCCCUCGGGUGCCGUGGACAACAGCGAACUGCCGCUGGACCAGCUGCUGGCCGCUUUGGUCGCGCAGGAACUCAAGGGCCGCGCCUUCAAGGGGAAAUACGCACCUGUCUGCUACUACAUGGGCCUCCAGGCGCGCGCUGCUUGGCCUAGCCCCACGGACUGCAGCCUCGGCCUCGCACACGGCUGCCUCGCCGCCAUGGCUGCACAGUCCAAGGUCUAUGGCGUCAUGACUACCGUCGCCACCGCCGCCAGUUCUGAAAACUGGAAGUUCGGCGCACGGAAAAUUGGCUCACAACUCGAAGCCUGCGCUACCACCGACUUUGAUGAGUACGAAACCUACCUCGCUCACCAACAGACACUCGCCAAAAACGACUUCUACUGCAAUCCCGGCCCUGUGCAGUUCUCAGGCGAAUUCAGCAGACUCAGCCUCCCUGGCACCCAGUAG